AUGUUUCAGAUACAAGCACAGCAGCUUUAUUCGGAGUUUCAACAUGAGCUUUGGAACCUCCUGAACAGCGUUGGCGAUUUGAACAGGGUUGAUCCACAAACCUAUAGGCAGAUUCGUUAUUACUCAGUUGUGGGACCUGCUGCGUUACCGCCUGAUCAGUUGGACAGGUACAACCGCCUGAUCAACGACAUGCUCGCGAUCUACAACAGCGCCUCCGUAUGCGCCUAUCUCGAGCCUCUGAGGUGCGACCUUCGGUUGCAGCCUGACCUCACGGCCAUUAUGGCCAAGAGCAGGAACUGGGACGAGCUGCAGCAUGUAUGGACCGAAUGGCGACGCCAAACUGGACAGAAGAUGAGGGAUCCCUUCGAGCAGAUGGUUCGGCUAAGCAAUCAGGCUUCGAAGUUGAAUAAUUUUACUGAUACCGCUGAAUACUGGAGCUUUCCUUUUGAGUCUACAGAUCUUUUCAAAGACCUGGAAAAUGCAUGGGACGAAGUUAAGCCGUUUUAUGACCAACUCCUUACUUACGUCCGACGAAGGCUCAGGGAGUUUUAUGGACCUGAAAGGAUAAGUAGACAGGCACCUCUACCUGCGCAUAUACUAGGAAAUAUGUGGGCUCAAUCGUGGACCAACAUAUUCGAUAUUACCCAGCCUUACCCUGGUCAAACUUUCUUAGAUGUAACACCAGAAAUGUUAAAGCAGGGUUAUACACCAGCAGACCUGUUCAGGCUAGCAGAGGACUUUUUUGUUUCUAUAAAUAUGAGUGCACUUCCACUGGAAUUUUGGCAAGGUUCUGUUCUUGAGGAACCUAUUGACAGGAUUGUAUUAUGCCAACCAUCUGCUUGGGAUUUCUGCAACCGAAGAGACUUCAGGUACUCAUAUAUCAAAAUAAUCCAUAUGAUCUUUACAAAUACAGAGUUUAUAAGAAAUGAUACUGGACUAUAG